UGCGUCUUCAAAAGCAGAUAUUUAAAUGUGGUAGAUACCUUUGAUAUUUUCAUUUAACGGCUGAAUAAAGUUAUGUUCCGUAAAUUAUUUGCUACUGUUCACUGCAAUGAUAGUUCCUCAUCUAUUAGCAAGCAAUAAAGAUGAGAUUGGACUGUUUUAUGGCGUAAAUAAGAUCAUCCACUCAUAACGUACUUAGCAAAAUAAGACUAAGUUGGGAGGAAAAUACAACAGUUUGUGUAUAUUAAAUCACAUUGUAAUGAAGCAUGUAGCAGAGAAACGCGAUAAUAGAAAGAAUUUUUCUGUGGUAAAUUCAAUAUAAAUGAAGUCAAUUCGUAAUGAUAUGAACAGUACAAAAUACUCAACAAAUAAGGAGGGAAGAGGGAAACAGUCAAAUUACAAAAUAUCUACGGAUUAUUUGUUUGAUGAUAUUUCAAGUGAAAGUUCAAUAGGUGGAAGACGCUUUUUAAAAAAUCCAGAAGUGAGAAAUAAUGAAAAUAUCGCUCGAAAUGUUUCUCCUGCGACAACAGAAGAUGAAAAUACUGAAGAUUUGUUGACCCCGUUUAUUGCAAGAAAAACUUCAGUUAGUUUGAGCCGAUAUUCAAAAGAAAAGACAAAUGGAAAUAAAAAGUCGCAUAGUUCAGACGUUGCAAAGUCAAACACAGUUGCCAAAAAUUCAGUUGAUGAAACUCUAAUGAGUGAGGUGCUGGUGAUACAAGAAAAUGGUGGUAAAAAUUUGAACAUAAUAUCAGUUAUGACGUUCAAUGAUAAGGAUUCACCAGCUGAUUCAAUUAGGGAUAUACGAAGCGAAAGCAAGAUGACUUUGUUCGAUGAUCAGCUGAUAUUAUCAGUGGAUGAGCUAAUGAAUGAAAACAGUGCGGGCUGUGAGAGUUAUCAGUCAUCAAAUCGGAUUGAAAAAUCAUACAAAGAGAAGUCGCUAUCAGAAAUUGAAGAGGCGAUUGAAUAUGAAAAAUCCCAAUCUCAAUACACUACACUACAUAAAUCUGUAAUUACACCUGAAAUAACGCAUAAGUCAUCGAUUCAAUCAAAGAAAGAAAAACAUUUUACUGAAGAAACAUCUCAUACCUCUAACGAUAAUGAUAAUUCCAGUGGGAUGGAAGAAUAUUCAGAUGAUUUUGAAAAUGAACAAGAAACAGUCAGUUCCAGCAAAGAAUGUGCUACAACGCCUAAAUCCUUAUCACCAAAGCAAAAGGAAGUGUGCAAUAGUUCAACUAAACAAAACAUCUGUAAAACAGUACCUACUAGUAUCUGCAGCGAUACAAGUCAAUCGGAAUUACAUGAAAAAGUUACACACAAAAAAAGAUCUGCAAAAUCAACUGUUGCUCCACGAAAAAUUGAUGUUACAGUUCAAACUAUGUGGUCAGGAGAUUUUGCACAAUACAAAGGUGUCCCACAAAUUUUGUCGCUGAACAGACACGAAGAUUUUCUUCCCCCUCCUCCCCACACAACAUUGAAAAUGCAAAGUAUAGCAUCAUCACUGAUAAACUGUAAAACGUUAGAGACCUUGACAACCUACAAUCCUUGCAUAACUGCGCUUGACAACCUGUUGAAGCAGCAAAUCAAUCUCACUAGAGAAUUUCUGACAACACAAAGAAAUCUGCACGAAACAAUCAGUAAGGCGAUAAGUCAGUGUGUUACUAAUGAUUACACUCAACAUGAAAGAACAAUAGAAAUUAUGCUGAGAAAUUACACGACAGAAUAACUAACACUGAUCCUUCAGCAUAGGAGAAUAUUUAGUGGACAUGAACAUUGCGGAAUGUUAUUCUCUAGUUUCUUAAACACACUAAUAUAAAACUUGAACUGUGACAAUUGACUGACUGGCAUAAAGGGUUUGGAGAAUAAGCUUGCUAAAGAAUACUUAUGAUCACAGUUUACAUACUACACGCCAAACAGUUUUUCAGCAAAAAGUCUUAUCCUCAUUUAAAAUUUCCAUAGUUUAAGUAUCACAAGAGAGAAUGAUGUUAGGCUUUGCAGAAUGCGUGAUCUACGGAAAAAUCCCAUUUCACAAGCAUCUCAAACAACAAAGUAUUCUAGUAUUAGUUACACUAAUGAAAAUUAUCUUUACAUAGGAAAUAUAUGAACAAGUGCUGUUCAUAAUACGAAAUUUAUUUACAGAUAAAUUUUUUUCAAUUACAAAUCAGUGUGGAAGUAAGGGUGCCAAACGAGACUGUUUAGCUUUGCGUUUUUUAAUUCGUUUAUCUCGGGCUGUAAUGAGUUCAUCGAAAAGAUCAAUUUGUUCAGCUUCUUGCAGCUUCCUUGCCAGACAUUCUAAACCUGCCAAAUUCAUCCCGAUGAGAUUCUGAAAUAGCAAAAUCGUAAAUGUAGUGAUUUCAAAAUAUUUUAUACUGUUACUAUAGAAAUAAUAAUCAAAUGUAGGCAUGUGAAGCAAUUAUUUGAUUUUAUGAUUUCAUAAUUAUAGCAGGGAAUACUAUCAACUAGGGAUUGCAAGUACCACUGAGUAUCCAUUUCUCCGAUAGUAGCAUAUUCAUAAUAAAAAUUGCAAUGUCCAUUACGUAAACAUUCUAGCGAAUGUUUUUAAGAUAUGCUAAUUCUUUUCACUCAAUAACAAAAUUGGUAAAUACAAUCAUUAUCAAGAC